CACAAAGCACCAGGUGGUCAGGGAACAACUUGAGAAAGCAGGAGGCCAUUCACUAGCCUGUUUUAGCUUCACACACCUAGCUAGUGUUAGCUACCCGGCGGCUAACCAGCAAGCUAAAACAUCAGUUUGUCUUAAUGUCGCCUAUCUUAUCAAGUGAUGGCAAGAGAACAGUGUUCACAAACCGAAGCUGAACUCUAUUACCUCAUUGCCAGAUUUCUGCAGUCUGGACCUUGUAAAAAAGCAGCACAGAUUCUGAUUGAGGAGCUGGAGGAGUAUGAGUUGGUCCCUCAACGAUGGAGUUGGGACGGAGAGAAAUACAAACGGACCUUCCAAGACUGGGUGAUUUUGAACCAGCACAUUCCUGCAGACUAUUUGCUCCGUGUUUGUCAGCGGAUAGGCCCGCUUAUAGAGAAGGAGAUCCCACCUAGUGUUCCUGGGGUUCAAACCCUUCUGGGGCUGGGAAGACAGUCCUUGCUUCGUACCACCAAAAGUUGUAGCCACAAAGUAUGCAGUGGCUCGGCUGUUGCUGCACUCCAUCGAGGACGUCCACCAGAACCUCCAGCCAGCAAUGGACAUUCUCCCAAUGUUGUGUCCAUCAUGGGUGCUCGCCAGGCCACAGGCACAGCUCGUUUUGGCCAGGCCCUGCCGUCUUCCUCCUACCAACACAUGAAGAUACACAAACGUAUCCUUGGCCACCUUUCUUCAGUCUACUGUGUAGCCUUUGACCGUACCGGCCGUCGGAUAUUUACGGGUUCUGAUGACUGCCUGGUGAAAAUCUGGGCCACAGAUGACGGCCGGCUCCUGGCAACACUCCGCGGCCACUCAGCAGAGAUCUGUGACAUGGCUGUCAACCAUGAAAAUACUCUCAUUGCCUCAGCAAGCUGUGACAAAACUAUCAGAGUGUGGUGCCUGCGUACCUGUGCGCCCAUCACUGUUCUGCAGGCCCACGGUGCCUCCAUCACAUCAAUACAGUUUUGUCCCGCUAUCAAAGGGACAGCACGGUACCUGGCCUCCACUGGUGCAGACGGCAUGGUGUGUUUCUGGAAGUGGCACUCUGUCAGUAUGAAAUUCCACGAUCAGCCAGUCAAGUUUGUUGAGCGGUCACGUCCAGGAGUUCAGGUCUCCACUUCCUCCUUCAGUAGUGGUGGUAUGUUCAUGGCUACUGGUGGCACUGAUCAUCUGAUCAGAGUCUACUACCUUGGUGCUGAAACUCCCAUGAAAGUCUCUGAGAUGGAUGCACACACGGACAAAGUUGUCGUCGUCCAAUUUAGCAAUAACAGUGACAGCCUGAGGUUUGUGAGUGGCAGUCGCGACGGCACAGCCAGAAUCUGGCAUUACCAGCAACAAGAGUGGAAGAGUGUCACUUUAGACAUUGCUGCCAGGCUGCCUGGGAGUACUGUGGCCAAUGGGGAUGAUAAAACCAAGCUGAUGGCAACUAUGGUGGCCUGGGACCGUGCAGAUAGCACCGUCAUCACAGCGGUGUCAAACUACCUGCUCAAAGUGUGGAGCACGACUACUGGACAGCUGCUGCAUGUGUUAUCUGGUCAUGAUGAUGAGGUGUUUGUGCUGGAGGCUCACCCAUUUGACUCCCGCAUCAUGCUAUCUGCCGGCCAUGAUGGCAACAUUUACAUGUGGGACCUAACCAAGGGAGUCAAGAUCCGCAACUUCUUUAACAUGAUUGAAGGGCAAGGCCAUGGCGCUAUUUUUGACUGCAAGUUCUCAGCUGAUGGGCAGCAUUUUGCCUGCACUGACUCACACGGCCAUUUGCUCAUCUUUGGCUUCGGCUGCAGCAGACCAUAUGAGAAGAUUCCCGACCAGAUGUUCUUCCACACGGACUACCGACCUCUUAUACGCGAUUCCAAUAACUAUGUGCUGGAUGAGCAGACGCAGCAAGCCCCACAUCUCAUGCCUCCACCCUUCCUGGUGGACGUAGAUGGAAAUCCUCACCCUCCUCACUACCAGCGCCUGGUGCCAGGAAGAGAGAACUGCAAGGAGGAUCAGCUAGUACCCCAGCUAGGAUACAUGGCUAACAGCGAUGGAGAGUUGGUUGAGCAGGUACUUGGCCAGCAAACGGCGGAAAACAGAGAAAGUAUAUUGGACAGUCUCAUCAGACAGUUGCAGAAUGAGCAGGACCAGCGUCAGAACCCACAAGAGCAGGCUGCAGAGGCACAGGAAGGUGAUGAAGCAGCGAUGGAGGCAUCCUCUCCUCCUGCUGAACCUCGCAGAAGUGGGCAGGUGGACGGGGUGUGGCAGAUGCAGCAUAAUGCCCUGCGUAGUCAGGUGGCCACUGAGCGGGACCUGCUGGCCUGGAGCCGCAGAGUGAUGGUCAAUGAAGUGCCACAAGGAAUAUCCAGGGUGUUGGAGGAGUGCAGACAAGCCAAAGGCGACAUGGAAUGUUCUCUAUACAAUGCAGAGAGGAGGAAGAAGCCAGUAACCUGCACACCCAAGAGCGAUCUGCUGACUUCACGCCUGCGCUCCCUGCGGCCAACUAAGAAAAAGCAGCAGCGCCACGCCUAUCAGACCCGUUCAGCCCAAGUCCGCCGUUCUUGGAAUAGGAGUCGAAAUUCCAGCACCCGUCGUAACUCUGAUAGCCAGAUAGACUCUGACAGUGAUGGAAACGCAGCAGCACAGGCGGAUCAAAGUGAGGCCUCCUCUGAUGGUGAAGCUCAGUGGCAGAGUGAGAGCAGCUCCAGUGACUCCUCCAGUGAAUAUUCUGAUUGGACAGCUGAUGCCGGGAUCAACCUCCAGCCACCAAAGCGCCCAACCAGGAGGCCUGCACCGCCCCAAGGUUACAGCAGCUCUGAGGAGGAAGAGGGCGAAGGAAAGGCAAAAGAGGCAAAGAAGAGGGACAGUGAGAAGAGAAAGAAGCCCAAGGAGACCAAACAGAAGCCCACAUCCUCUCUGGCUGGACUUGAUGCGGAGGAGUGGCUGCCACCAUCAUGGAUAAUGGAGACUAUUCCUCACCGCUCUCCUUUUGUCCCUCAAAUGGGAGAUGAGCUCAUCUACUUCAAACAGGGCCAUCAGGCCUACGUCCGGGCUGUCCGCAGGGCCAAGGCGUACAGCAUCAACCCUCAGAAACAGCCAUGGAACAGACUUGACCUCAGGGACCAGGAAUCAGUGAAGGUGGUUGGAAUUAAAUAUGAAGUGGGACCUCCCACCCUCUGCUGCCUAAAACUGGCUUUCUUGGACCCAGUCUCAGGGAAGAUGACCAAUGAGUCUUUCUCCUUAAAGUACCACGACAUGCCUGAUGUCAUUGAUUUUCUGGUACUGCAGCAGUUUUACAAUGAGGCUAAACAACACAACUGGCAGCCAGGUAUGAGGUUCCGCAGCAUCAUUGAUGACGCUUGGUGGUUCGGCAGUGUGGAGGCUCAGGAACCUCUUCAGCCAGAGUAUCCAGAUAGCCUGUUCCAGUGCUAUGCAGUAAAGUGGGAUAACGGUGAGCGGGAGAAAAUGAGUCCCUGGGACAUGGAGCCUAUUCCUGAGGAAGCUGCAUUGCCUGAACAGGUGGGUGACGGCGUGGAGGUGGCAGAGGAGGAGCUGAAGGCUCUGCUUUACACGCCACAGGAAGGAGAAUGGGGGGCUCACACUCGAGAUGAAGACUGUGAGAGAGUCAUCUACGGCAUCGAUCAGCUUCUUACACUGGAUGUAGCCAAGUUAUUUGCAUCACCAGUGAAUCUGCGGGACUACCCUCUGUACUGCACUGCGGUGGCUUACCCCACUGACCUCAGCACCAUCCGCAAACGACUGGAGAACCGCUUUUACAGGCGGAUCUCUGCAUUGAUGUGGGAGGUGCGCUACAUUGAACACAAUGCCCGCACUUUCAACGAACCCCAGAGCCCCAUUGUAGCAACUGCCAAAGUAGUGACUGACGUUCUCCUGCGCUACAUCGGGGACCAGAGCUGCACAGACAUCUUGGAUCUUUAUCACAAGCUGAAAUCUGAGGUCAGCAGUGGAGGAGAAGUUGAGUUGGAUGUGGACUCUGACACUCCAGGAACAUCUACAGGACAUCGGGGAGGUGACCAGAAUCCCAAGAAGCGCGGUGUAGUCUUGGAUGUGAAAUUAUGGCGAGGACAGUGCAAAGAGCUGAUGCGUCGAAUGAUGGCCUCACGAGAUUCAGAGCCGUUCAGGCAGCCCGUGGACCUCUUUGAGUAUCCGGACUAUCGAGACAUCAUUGACACUCCUAUGGAUCUGGCUACAGUGUCAGAGACACUGGUUGCAGGGAAUUAUGAAAACCCGAUGGAGUUUGCCAAAGAUGUGCGGCUCAUUUUCAGCAACUCCAAAGCAUACACACCUAACAAGAAAUCACAGAUCUACACCAUGACCCUCAGCUUGUCGGCCUUCUUCGAAAAAAACAUCAUCUCCAUCAUCUCUGAUCACAAGUCUGCAGUUCAGAAUGAACGGCGGACUCGUCAGAGACUCAGUUACAGGGACAGAAUGCACAACGGAGGCAGCUCACCGCCUAUUAGUCCAUCCCCCAGCCCUAAAGGGAAGCACAAGCCAGGGAAGGUGUCUAAGCCAAAAAAAUCCCAGACCUCAACGAAGAAUCGUUCUCAGAGACCACAUCAAGCUCAGCAAAGCAGUAGUGUAGCAGAGGAGGAGGACAUCCAGCCUUCUUCCCCAAGUUCAGGGACAAGCAGUGGGAGCAGAAACCAAGGGCCGCAUCGGGUGACCCGCAGCCAGGCAACUCCAGUGAAGAAGUCAGGGCACCAGCAUAACCUGCGUCUAAGUAACGGCUCCAGACAGCACCACGGGCGACAAGCUCCACAGUCUGAUGACGAUGAGGAGGAGGCGGCAUCUGGAUCAAACAGCUCUUCGUCGGAGUCAUCCUCCACCUCAUCAUCCUCCUCUUCCUCGUCAUCGUCAGACAGUGAGAACAGUUCUGAGUCUGAGAUGGAGAAGUACGUGGAAGGGGGAGAUCACGACUACAGCAAAGCCCCCUGCCUGUCAGUACGCCUCUCAGCUAAGGGUAAGGUGGCGGCCUCAGGGAAAAGGAGACACAAAGGAGGAGAGGACACAGCACAGAUACCUAAAAGAGCACGAGUGCAGCUGCCGGUAGAGGAGGAGGAAGAUGAGGAAGAGGAGGAGGAGGAUGAAGAUGAAGAAGAGGAGGAGGAGGAGGAAGAGGAGCAGCAGCAGCAACCGGUGGAUGGAAGACAUGAAGAGGAUGAAGAAGAGCAGGAAGAGGAGGAGGAUGAAGAGGAAGAGGAGGAACCCGAGGAGGAGGAGGAACCUGAGGAGGAGGAUGAUGAUGAGGACAACUCUGAGGUGCAGACAAGGGCUGCAGCAGCAACAAGCAGUCCAAGAGGCAACCAGUGCAAGUCUCGACGGGUCAACACACGCAACCAGGGCCGCAGGACAGUUCUGUACAGGGACGACUCAGAGGAUGAUGGCCAUGGGUCGAAGGAGGACCCUCUCAACCUGGGCAUGUCCCGCUCAGGACGGGUACGCCGCAUGACUGAGAAAGCCCGUGUCAGCCACCUCAUGGGCUGGGGUCACUGACACGUCGCCCCUUUUCAAACCUCAAUUUAAAAAAACUUAAACGUGAGUAACACUUCAGGGAUUUUUUUUUCUUUUUUUUGUACAAGUGUAUAUAAUAUAUAUAUGAGUUUUUCUUUUUAUCUGAAACUGCUUAUGACUUUCAAACUGAUAGCUGGUGCUCAUGAUGUGUUGCCAAGGAGUUUCCUUCCCUGGUCGACAGAGCCACUGUUCAACACACACUCUCCAACUGGACUAACUCACCUCGGCCUUACUGCUCGAUGGAGGAGCCUUUAAGACACGGCACCGCUCCUCCUCCUUCUGUGUGUUUCACAUCCAGUACUAAACACUAUACCCCUCUUCCUCCUCCUCUCGUCCUUCCCACAACUUUUCCUACUCCUGGUCACCAAAGAAGGAUGCGGAGAUGCCAAAAAAAUGGUGCUCAUAUUUUAGUUCUCUCUUGUUUCUCAAUGAGUAAUUUAACAAAACUCUUCACGCCUCUGGUCACUAGUUCAGUCACGACCACCGUGAGACAUGUGCAGUAUCACUCAAGGUCACUGAUGUCAACUUUUUGGGUACCUGGUCUUUCCUCACAACCACAAGCCUUAGUUUCCAGAGCUUACAUCAUUCAGAUUUAGUUCUAUCUGUGGCUCGGGUCAUGACAAGUAUAGUUUGGGCACUAGCAAUCCUUAGAAAUCAGAGUGACUUCAGUCAGUAGAAUAUAGUACCAUAGUAGUAUCCCAGCUCCUGCAGCCCCUGUGGGAGAACUUGACGUCCUUGACCUGUGAAUGUUAAAUGUGUUUUCCUGCUUCCCUUUUUGGUGGUGUUGACUGUUUUUCGGCUCCUCGAUUCUGUUUUUAGUUAGAAUUGGGUGCUUUUUUUCUUCUUCUUCUUCUUCUUUACCUUUAAGGGUAAACGUGAUUGUCUGGGGUAGAAAAGCCACUGUCUCCUGUUUGUAUUUGUUGUACUUCCUGAUGGAUCCGACCCACAUCCAUUCAUGGUUGCUUCCAUCACACCUUCACCACCCAGCAUGUGCAAACGCAAGGGGGUCUCCGGCACACUCUCUUCCACAGAAAUAUUUAUUUUUCCAUUGUAUUGUACUAAGGUUCCUUUAACUAUUUCGUACGUUGAUAGUGAUGAGGAAGAGGAAAUAUUUGCACAUUUAUCUACUCCAUGUGGCAGCUGAGUAAUAAAGAUAUUAGAGAAAGAGAAAUGAUUUUUGUGUAAGAAUGUUUAAACUGUGCCAGCACACAUUCAGUCUUUUUUUUAUAUAUAUAUAUUUCUUUUUUAGUUUGAACAAGUAAAACAGGUUUUAGCUCAACCUCAUUCAACCUGUGUAGGACACAGCUGAAGGUCUCGUCUGAUUGGCAAUCGUAAUCAUGCUUUCUUUCGACCUGAAGCAAAGGUAGCAACCAUGGAUUAACCCUUUGUUCAUAUGUUGUGCCAUUUAUUUCCCUCAUGUUUCUAACCAUCUAUGAACUGAUGGGUUUUCUAUCUUUGGCAGAUCGUCUGCGCAUGUUACUGCUUUCCCCAUGAUAUACAACAAUCAGGUGAUACGUUGGUGUCAGAAUCACUGUGUGUAGUUUUUCUGCCUGGUGAGUGAUUCCCCAUUGUCGACUGGUCCGUGUUUCUUGUGGAAUUAAAUAUAAUUGGUUGCAUCCUUUGUUGCUGCACCGAUAAUGUUUACUUUAAAGCUUGUGCAGUCAUUGGUUGGUUGGCAGCAUCAGGAGGAAACAGGAAAGCUUGGCUCACAAAUUGUCAUUUUAACACUGGGUGCUCUGAUCCGAACACACCUCCUCAUCACUCUGCCUCCGUAAGGUCGCUGACAUAAGAGAGAGGCCUCAGAGGUUGUUUUGUUUUCUCUUUUUUUUUGGGCUGAAGAGUUUGAGUGUCAGAGAUAAAACACACAAAUCAGCAUCUAGGGUGCUCCGAGCGACAGCAUUAACUGGCGUCUUGAAAUUAUUCUGCUUGAGUGUGAAAAGACUAUGAUUCAUAUUUUGGAAUCUUAUUUUCAUAUAUAGUAGAUGACUCUUAGUCUCGCCUCGAAGCGUCAGAUUAGUCGAUGAUAAAUACAACGAUAACAUUCUACUGUAGGUGGAUUACGAUUAUGUGACUGUCUUUUAUACGCAAUGUUUCGAUUGUAUGUGUUUUCUUUUUUUAAUAAAAAAAAUUGGAUUUCUCUUAAAA